UUGCGCAGAGACAUCAUCCCCGACAAGUACGACCUCAUCUCAUUCUGUGCAGAUAGACCAUGCUGCCAGAAAGAACAACGUUAUUAUGGUGGCACCACACGGGGUGAGCUUUUGUUUGAUGGUUCAACCGCCAAUGCAAAUGUUUUUUUUGUCAUUUUUAUUUUUUGUACUGCGGAGGUUGAGAAGUAUCGCAAGUUCUUGACUUCCCUGCCAAUAUUCCCAUCCCCGCUUAAGGGUCGAGGAUCGCUUCAUAAUGAAAGAAGAGACUCCGGUGAGAAGCCAAGUUGCCUAGAAGAAGCUGAUGACGGCCAAGUCAGCUCGCCACGACCAUUCGGACGUCAACAAACAGCUCCAAGCCUGCCCCUGGCCACUAAAUUGCUCUACGUUGGAGAGGUCGUUUGGCAGGUUGGUCAGGUGUAG